AUGUUGAACACCUCUGAUUGGCUGUCCCCAGCUGAGAUCAGAGGAACCAUGGGCAACAGCACCACUGUCACUGAGUGUGUCUUGCUGGGGCUCUCAGAUGCCUGUGAGCUGCAGAUGCUCAUCUUCCUGGGGUUCCUCCUGAACCACCUCCUCACUCUCCUGGGGAACCUCCUCAUUGUGAUCAUCACCCUCAUGGACAGACGCCUCCACACUGCCAUGUACUACUUCCUCCACAACUUUGCUAUCUUGGAGAUCUGGUUCACCUCACUCAUUUUCCCCAAGAUGGUGACCAAUAUCCUGACAGGAUAUAAGACUAUCUCCCUAGCAAGUUGUUUGCUCCAGUUUUUCUUUUAUUUCUUCCUGGGUACCACAGAGUUCCUCCUACUGGCAGUGAUGUCUUUUAACAAGUAUGUGGCUAUCUGUAACCUCCUGCGCUAUGCCACCAUCAUAAGCAAAAGGGCCUAUGUCCACUUGGUCCUUUGUUCAUGGAAGGCAGGAUUCCUUCUCAUCAUUUUUCCUAGUUCAAUCACAUUUCAGCAGCCAUUCUGUGGCCCCAAUACCGUUAAUCAUUUCUUCUGUGACAGCUUUCUCCUCCUGGAACUCGUACGUGCAGACACAAGUCUGAUAGAGCUUCUGGGCUUUAUUGUGGCCAACUUCAGCUUACUGGGCACUCUGUCCGUGACAGCCACCUGCUAUGGCCACAUCCUCCACACCAUCCUGCACAUCCCCUCACCCAAGGAGCGGCAGAAAGCCUUCUCAACUUGCUCCUCGCACAUCAUUGUCCUGUUUCUCUUCUAUGGCAGCUGUAUCCUCAUGUAUAUCCAGUCAGGCAAGUGCAGCCAGGGGGAGGACAGAAGCAAAGUGGUGGCCCCGCUCAACACUGUGGUGACCCUUAUGGUCAACCCCUUCAUCUACACCCUGAGGAACAAACAGGUGAAGCAAGGGUUUUUGGAGAAAGUGAGCAAGCUUCUCUCAUAA